AUGAAGGCACUCAUUCUGGUCGGAGGGUUUGGAACCCGCCUGCGUCCUCUGACUCUCACCCUUCCCAAGCCUCUCGUCGAGUUCGGUAACCGGCCUAUGAUCCUACACCAGGUGGAGAGCUUGGCUGCUGCUGGUGUUACUGAUAUUGUCUUGGCUGUCAACUACCGCCCCGAUGUUAUGGUCGCAGCGCUCAAGAAGUACGAGGAGCAGUAUGGCGUCAACAUUGAAUUUUCCGUUGAGACCGAACCACUCGGCACAGCUGGCCCGCUGAAGUUAGCAGAGGGCAUCCUGGGUAAGGAUGACUCGCCUUUCUUCGUCUUGAACUCCGAUGUCAUCUGUGACUACCCCUUCCGCGAACUAGCGCAGUUCCACAAGAACCACGGUGACGAGGGUACCAUUGUCGUUACCAAGGUCGACGAGCCUUCCAAGUACGGUGUCGUCGUUCACAAGCCCAACCACCCCUCACGUAUCGAUCGUUUCGUCGAGAAGCCUGUCGAAUUCGUCGGUAACCGUAUCAACGCUGGUAUCUACAUCUUGAACCCCAGUGUUCUCGACCGCAUUGAGCUUCGUCCAACCUCCAUCGAACAGGAGACCUUCCCCGCCAUUGUCAAGGACGGAAAGCUCCACUCUUUCGAUCUUGAAAGCUUCUGGAUGGACGUCGGUCAGCCUAAGGAUUUCCUCACUGGUACUUGCUUGUACCUCAGCUCCCUGACCAAGCGCGAUCCCAAGAAGCUGGUCCCCACUUCAGAACCCUAUGUUUACGGUGGCAAUGUGAUGGUUGACCCCUCGGCCAAGAUUGGAAACAACUGCCGUAUCGGUCCUAAUGUCGUUAUCGGUCCUAACGUUGUUAUCGGAGAUGGUGUUCGUCUGCAGCGCUGUGUUGUGAUGGAGAACUGCAAGGUCAAGGACCACGCUUGGAUCAAGUCGACCAUCGUUGGCUGGAACAGCUCCGUUGGCCGCUGGGCUCGUCUUGAGAACGUCACAGUUCUGGGAGACGACGUUAGCAUUGCCGACGAGGUGUAUGUCAACGGUGGUUCAAUUCUGCCACAUAAGAGCAUCAAGCAGAACAUUGAUGUUCCUGCUAUUAUCAUGUAA